GAAGACUUGAGCAAGAGAAGAGAAGGAAGAGAAGCAAGGGAAAAUAAACAAAGCAAAACUCCGAUCCAGAAGUGUAUGAAUAAGUAAGAAGGAAGAAGCUAAGGCAUGGAGAAUCACAAGCAGCAGAACGGUGUGGGUGGUAGCACCAGCAAGGAGAAGAAGAAGACUAGUGUAAGAGGGAAGGUGGUGUUGAUGAAGAAAGGGGUGCUGGAUUUCCAUGACAUCAAAUCCAAUGUUCUUGAUCGAAUCCAUGAGUUGAUGGGCAACGGUGUCUCCCUUCAGCUUGUUAGUUCUCUCACUCCUGAUCCAGUAAAGGGGAACAGAGGAAAGCAUGGGAAAGUGGCAUACUUGGAGAGGUGGGUUUCAAAAAUAACAUCAUUGACAGGAGCAAAAGAGACAGAAUUUGGGGUGAAAUUCGAUUGGGACGAGAGCAUUGGGGUGCCAGGGGCAAUCAUAGUGAGGAACAAUCACCAUAGCCAGUUUUAUCUAAAGACAAUCACCAUUGAAGACAUUCCUGGCCAUGGCUCUCUCCAUUUUCCCUGCAAUUCUUGGAUAUACCCUGCUCAUCGUUACACCUACGACCGUGUCUUCUUCUCUAAUAAGGCAUACCUACCAAGUGAAACACCGGAGACACUUAGGAAGUUGAGGGAAGAAGAGUUAGCGACGCUUCGAGGGACAGGGACCGGUACCCUUAACGAAUGGGACAGAGUCUACGACUAUGCCUUCUACAACGACCUUGCUCUUCCUGACAAUGGUCCCCAUUUUGCUCGUCCCGUUCUUGGUGGCUCCCAGGACCUUCCAUACCCACGCCGUGGAAGAACCAGUCGCCACAACUCCCUCACCGAUCCCGAUACUGAGUCCAGAUUGCACCUUUUCAAUCUUGACAUCUAUGUUCCCAGAGAUGAACGCUUUGGUCACCUCAAGUUCUCUGAUUUUCUAGCUUAUUCUCUCAAAUCCAUUGCUCAAGUUCUUCUUCCUGAGAUCAGAUCUCUCUGCGAUAAAACCAUUAACGAGUUUGACACUUUCCAAGAUGUUCUUGAUAUUUACGAGGGAAGCCUUAAGCUGCCCAGUCCAGGUGUCGCUUCUCAACUUCGAAACCUCAUUCCAUAUGAACUGUUUAGAGAACUUGUUAGGAAUGAUGGUGAGAGGUUCCUCAAAUUCCCAGUUCCAGAUGUCAUCAAAGCUAGCAAGACUGCAUGGAGAACCGAUGAAGAAUUUGCCAGAGAAAUGCUUGCCGGUGUUAACCCUGUCAUCAUUCGUCGUCUCCAGGAAUUUCCCCCGGUGAGCAAGUUGGACCCUGAAAUCUAUGGAGAUCAAAAUAGUAUCAUCAAAGCAAAGCACUUAGAAAACAGUUUGGAUGGACUUACCAUAGAUGAGGCGCUUGAAAACAAGAAGUUGUAUAUACUUGAUCACCAUGAUGCAUUGAUGCCAUACUUAACUCGAAUAAAUUCUACAACCACAAAGACUUAUGCCACAAGAACACUCUUGUUUCUACAAAAUGAUGGUACAUUGAAACCAUUGGCUAUUGAACUGAGCUUGCCACACCCACAAGGGGACCAACAUGGAGCAGUUAGCAAAGUUUUUACUCCCCAAAAAGAAGGAGUACCGGCUACUGUUUGGCAACUGGCCAAAGCUUAUGUUGCUGUCAAUGAUUCAGGAUACCAUCAACUAGUUAGUCAUUGGUUAUUCACUCAUGCAGUGAUUGAACCAUUCAUAAUUGCCACAAACAGACAAUUAAGUGUUCUUCACCCAAUACAUAAGCUUUUGCAGCCACACUUUAGAGACACAAUGCAUAUAAAUGCCUUAGCUAGACACACUCUCAUUAAUGCCGGAGGGGUGCUAGAGAGAACAGUUUUUCCCGGUAAAUUUGCCUUGGAAAUGUCAGCUGUUAUAUACAAGAGUUGGGUUUUCACAGAGCAAGCACUUCCUACUGAUCUUCUCAAGAGAGGGAUGGCGGUUCCAGAUUCAAGCAGCCCUCAUGGACUUAAACUCAUGAUAGAGGAUUACCCGUUUGCUGUGGAUGGCUUAGAAAUCUGGGAUGCCAUUGAAACUUGGGUGACUGAAUACUGCAAUUUCUACUACAAAUCUGAUGAGAUGGUUGAGAAUGACACUGAAGUCCAAUCUUGGUGGAAAGAAGUCCGCUAUAAGGGUCAUGGUGACUUGAAAGACAGGUCAUGGUGGCCAGAGAUGAAGACUAAAGAUGAACUCAUUCAAUCAUGCACCACCAUCAUAUGGAUAGCUUCUGCAUAUCAUGCGGCAGUGAAUUUUGGACAGUACCCUUAUGCCGGAUACCUCCCUAACCGGCCCACGGUGAGCCGCAGAUUCAUGCCAGAGCCAGGGACACCGGAGUACAAAGAGCUUGAGUCGGAUCCUGACUUGGCAUUCCUGAAAACAAUCACAGCACAGUUUCAAACAUUGCUUGGUGUGUCACUGAUUGAAGUUCUGUCAAGACAUUCAACAGAAGAGGUUUAUCUUGGGCAAAGAGAGAAUCCUUACUGGACUUGUGAUGCUGAACCAUUAGCAGCAUUUGAGAGAUUCAAACAGAAGCUCAUAGAGAUUGAGAACAAUAUCAUGGAAAGGAACAAGGACAAGAGAUUGAAGAACAGGAACGGUCCAGUGCAGAUGCCUUAUACCUUGUUGUAUCCAAAUACCUCAGAUUAUUCAAGGGAGGGUGGUCUCACUGGAAAGGGAAUCCCCAACAGUGUUUCUAUCUAAGUAGUAAGAAUUUCCCUGUUUGCCAGGAUCCCUUCUCUUAUUGGGUUGUAAAAGAUGAUUGUUUUUCAGCUUAGUAUUUAAAUGUAAUUGUUUAUGCCAAGACUAGAGUAUAUGUGAAAUCUAUAUGUUAAUAGGCUUAACAUUAUCAUGUUAGCACUUCAUUGAUUUGUUGGAACUUGUACAAUAAUACAUUAUGUAAUGGUUUUGAUUCCAAACUUGAGAUAUACUAGUAAUGAUCCUUCUUUUGUUAA